AUAUUUCCUAGCGGCAACACUGCUCUGGCCCUCUAGUUUUUUAGAAAAAAGUGCCAUAGAGGAAAAUUCUUGAUUAUUCUGUUUUCUGUUUGGAAUUUCAUUCAAAAGAUUUACGCCUUCGAAAUUUUGUGCAUUAACAGUGUGUUUACAAACGAGUAAAAACGACGAUAUCGGCGACUUCCACCGGACUUGGGUCUACAAUGGCAGCCAGCGAUUCUGCAGGCGAUGAUUCUUUGUAUCCCAUCGCCGUUCUCAUUGACGAGCUCAAAAAUGAAGAUGUCCAAUUAAGGCUUAAUUCAAUCAAGAAACUAUCCACAAUUGCUUUAGCAUUGGGAGUUGAACGAACUAGAACAGAAUUGAUCCCCUUUCUCACUGAAACAAUAUAUGAUGAAGAUGAAGUUCUGCUAGCUCUAGCUGAGCAAUUAGGACAAUUCAUAACACUGGUGGGUGGGCCAGAGUAUGCUUUCUACCUGCUACCACCCUUGGAGAGCUUGGCAACAGUUGAAGAAACAGUUGUAAGAGACAAAGCUGUUGAAUCUUUAAGAAUAGUAGCACAACAGCACAGCCCUACUGAUUUGGAGUCACAUUUUGUCCCAUUGGUACAAAGAUUAGCUGCUGGGGAUUGGUUUACCACUAGGACUUCUGCAUGUGGUUUGUUUUCUGUAUGUUAUCCCAGAAUUUCUGCUGCUAUGAAGGGGGAGUUGAGAUCACAUUUCCGAGCAUUAUGUCAAGAUGAUACUCCUAUGGUUCGAAGGGCAGCAGCCACAAAAUUGGGUGAAUUGGCCCAAGUUGUAGAGUUGGAAUAUUUGAAAUCUGACCUAAUACCAAUGUUUGUAAAUCUGGCCCAAGACGAACAGGAUUCCGUAAGGCUUCUUGCAGUUGAGGCAUGUGUCAGCAUUGCCACAUUAUUACCCCAAGAGGAUACAGAACAGUUGGUAAUGCCUACAUUACGACAAUGUACAGGAGACACGUCGUGGAGGGUUCGAUAUAUGGUAGCAGACAAAUUUUCAGAACUCCAGAAAGCCGUAGGACCCGAAAUAACGAAGACAGACUUGGUGCCUGCCUUCCAGAGCCUACUGAAAGACACAGAAGCGGAAGUUAGAGCGGCCGCCGCCAACAAAGUGAAAGAUUUCUGCCAGAACCUAGACAAGGCGCACCAAGAAAACAUCAUAAUGACAAAUAUACUACCCUGCGUCAAAGAGUUGGUCGCCGAUCCCAAUCAACACGUCAAAUCGGCUCUGGCUUCAGUUAUCAUGGGAUUGAGUCCCAUUUUAGGCAGGCACAAUACCAUCGAGCAUUUGCUGCCGCUGUUUUUGACACAGCUCAAGGACGAGUGUCCUGAAGUUAGGCUGAAUAUAAUUUCCAAUUUGGAUUGCGUCAACGAGGUCAUCGGUAUCCAGCAGCUGUCACAGUCACUAUUGCCGGCCAUAGUCGAACUUGCCGAAGACUCCAAAUGGAGGGUCAGAUCGGCGAUAAUCGAGUACAUGCCGCUGCUGGCCGGUCAACUCGGCCGCGAGUUCUUCGACGAGAAGCUCAAUGCCCUCUGUAUGACGUGGCUGAUGGACCACGUAUUCGCCAUCAGGGAGGCGGCCACGAUGAACCUGCGCAAGCUGGUCGACCAGUUCGGCGCCGAAUGGGCGGAGAACACGAUCGUGCCCAAGGUGCUGGCGAUGUCGCGCGACCAGAACUACCUCUACCGCAUGACGUGCCUGUUUUGCGUCAACGUACUGGCAGAGGCGUGCGGCAGCGAUAUUACUACGCGGCUGCUGCUGCCUACCGUGCUGGGCAUGGCGAACGACAAAGUGGCCAAUGUCAGCGAUAUUACUACGCGGCUGCUGCUGCCUACUGUGCUGGGCAUGGCGAACGAUAAAGUGGCCAAUGUCAGGUUCAAUGUAGCGAAAACUUUACAAAAGAUCGCCCCACAGUUAGAUCAAGCAGUUAUACAGCCUCAGGUUAAGCCGGUUCUGGAUAAAUUGAACGUAGAUACUGAUGUUGAUGUCAAAUAUUCGGCGGGAGAAGCCAUAACGGGGAUUGCUGUAUCUGUGGUAACAAUAACUCGCUUCGUUUCGCGUUUCUACAACACUGAAAACAUUCGUAGAUGUCACUACACAUAUGUUAGCCAUUUAGCGGUGACAUCUGUCAGAUACAAGUAGUAAUAUAUACCGCAGCGAUGCCUUCAUAUUUAUUUUCGUAUAAUAUUUCGCCUAGCUUUAGGUUGAAUUGGGGACUACUACAAGAAAUUAUCCAGAAUGGUCUGAUCAGAAACAUUAUUUAAAAACUAUUAUACAUAAUAUAAUUAAUCUUCAUAGAAUGUAAUAUCACUUCGUUGUUGUGCUCUAUUAUUUGAAUAAAAAAAGUGUAAUAUAGACUUUUUAGUAGGCUUGUUUGUGACAAAUUUUAACUGUUCAUUUAUCCAUGUUACUUUGAGUUCAAAUUACUUAAUGGCUUUCUUUUAUAUUUUGCACUGUUAAAAAAUUAUGAUAUUACAGACAGAAAAAAGGUCUCGAAUUCAUUUCCUGAUUUUGUACUAUAAGAUUGAUUUGUAUUAUAACUACCUACUAGAUCUUUAUAUAAAAUAAAUUAUAAGUACUGUAUACUUAGAUUACUUUCGAGUUUAAAAAAUGAUGAAAUCAUAAUGUCCCAUACGUUCAAAAUAAUAACACUAGUUUUUUUAUCACUUUUAUUAUCAUUUAUGUUAUUUACACUUACAAUAAAUAUACAAGAUAUAAAAAAGGU